CAAAUCAGGAUAAUCCAUUCUGCUAGUUUUUUAUGUGUCCUUCCCACUCCUAUCAGUUGGUAUUAAGUGUGCCUACUGAGCAUGAUCAGUCUUUGUUGGGCUUUCUUUGGUUUCCCUGUCACAAGAAGUACAAGCAGCCACAUAAAGACAUUUCUGCUUUGCACAUACACCUAGUUUGCCCCUUCUGCGUAUGUGUAGACUUCUCAUUCUGCUAACUCUGCCCAGAAUGCGGCAGUUACACUUGCUGAGGUCUAUGCUGAAUAAAGCCUCUCCUGUUAUUCCUACCGUUUAGAUUUUUUCCCUAAAUGUUUUUCGUAUGGCUGCACACCUUGAAGUUUCCUCCAAGCCUGCUGAUACCUUCCUCCUUUUGCCUACCUAAAGAUUCAUAUUUGGAGAGUGAUUUCUCUAUUGGAUUUCUCCAUCAUGAUAAUGAUUGAAAGUAUCGACUCCAUAGUCACGAUUUCCAGCCAGGACCUCUGGGCUGAAAUCUGUUCAUCCCUGCCACAUCCAGACAAGAAUGAUGAGUCAAGCAAUGCAUUUGCAGAUUCGUUCACAGAUGCUUACGUUCAUGCAGAAAGUCAGAAUGAAGUCAUGAGCACCACUUUCCAAGAAAGCAUGAAGCCCUGGGCACCACUGAAGGAUUCUGAUGCCUAUUUGGCAUCUUUAGAGAGAAGAUUGAUGAGAAUAAAGGGUUUGUCGCAGGAGGUGACCUCCAAAGACAUGCUGCAUACUCUUUCUCAGGCGAAGAAAGAAUGCUGGGACAGGUUUCUUCAGGAGAAGUCCGAGUCUGACUUUUACACGGAGGGAACUGAAUCUGAUGAGAGCACCCUGGAACACUUGAAGCGUUGGCUACAGCCCGAGAAAGUGGCCGUCAGCACCGAGGAAGUGCAGUAUUUGAUUCCGCUCGAGGCUCGUAUAGAGAAGCAAGAGACAGAAGAAGAACUGAUGAUGGCUGCAGAACAGUGAAAUGUUGACCUUUGCCUCCAGUCCGGGGACUGGUGGAGUUUCUUUUAAAGCAGCAAGAGGAGGGAAGUGCCACUGCUUGGUGACGGUAGACUACACUUCCCUGCCCCACACCCACUGUACUUCUUAAGUUUCAGUGGCUUUGAAGUUGCAGGUUUAAAUCUAGUCGUAUGCAAGAAUCUACUAAGAUGACUGAACAUAAAAGGCAGCGGAUAUAAUCUUUGGAUAAUGAGAUGGACUGGAGUCAGGCAUGGGAGGGAAGAGUUCAUCCAUUUGCUUCGCUCUUCUCCUUUAUGGUCUCUUUUCUUUGGGUCUGCAUCAUCCCCAGAGGUUUUUGUUGUAUUCUUUUUGGAGGACUUGCAUGUACACAGAUCUCGUAAACUGCAUUAUUUUAGACAAUUCGUCACCUCGCACUGCAGUGGACUGUGCAGAAAAUUGUACUCUCAAAUUUCAGUACGUGGAAACAUUCCUUUCCUUACAGCAUUUAAUCCCCAAAUGUAUGACUUCUAAGACUGAAACUCGUGUGUAUCUCUUUUCCCAACUUUUUUUUUAAAGCCCAAGCGUGCCUGUAUCUUUUCCUCUGUGAAGUGAAAAGCAACCGUGGGUGCAGUUUUGAGUGAUCUUGGCAACCUUUGCUUUUGGUUUUAGGAAGAAGAAAAAAAUUGGGGGAUAAAAUACACACCACUACAUUUUACAUGCAGUUUCAGUCUUAAAGAGAUGAAGCGUCUUCUACUGGGGAAAAAACAAAAAACCACAGCCCUCUUUUUGUUAAAAUUGAUGUCUUUGUCCUUGCAAGCAAUCAGGUCUUGAAUUGAAAAGUGUAGUAGUUCAUGUAGUUAUUUUCUUAAAACUGAAUUUAAAACUCUUCUGGAAUGGAGCUACUUUGCUUUGCCAUUCAUGAGAUCUGAUUUCCCCAAGAAUUUUUUCCAGCUAAUAGAAUAUCCAUGCUUUCUUCUUUAUUCUCAGUUUCCCUUGCUGCAAGAAGAAAAGAAAAAUGUAUUCCGAAACAAUAUGGAAUUAAAACUGUAGGAAUUUAAUUGGCAUAAAUAAGACCAAGUAUGAAAUCAGUGGUGAGCUGGAAAAGGAGGGUGUAUUUCAUUAAGCUUUUUACUCCCUAUUCACUUGUGUGUGUUUUGUGUGUGUCAGUGCAUGCAAAAGGAGGUGAAAAUGUUUGCACUGCAGCCACAUGUCAUGCCCUGACUUCAUUUUCAUUACGUUCCCUUACUCCGUGGCCAUCCAUAGCCCUUCACUGCUCCCUUCCCUGAUACCUUUCAACAUAUGUAGCAGCCCAGGCCAGUUGCUGCUUUUGUGCCAUUUUCCCCUCAUUGACUUUUUGCUUCUUGCAAACAGUGGAGUUGCAAUAAUGCAAACAAUCGGAUAUGAUUGCACGGCGAUAUCAUCGAGGGCAAACUCGGUUUGAAUAUUUUUGUUUGCCAUUGGUGAUGUUGUUAUGUAUGAAUGGCCAUAUAGUGACUUCACUGGUCUCAGAGUGCUUUUAAAAAAAAAGGUAACAAAGCAAUAGCUGAAUUGGGUUUGGCAAUGCUGGCAAGCCAACAUGGCAAAAUAGGAAAUACCGAACCUGAAAAAAAUUCGCAUAGCACAGUUAAAGUAUGCAAGUAGGUAUGUGUGUUUCUGAAGUAUUUGGAAAUGUGUGCUGUGGUUGCCUCCUCUCCAAAAUUGCAGUUUUGCUGAAAUAAUCCGGAAAUCUGUUAGACAAAACAUCUCAAAAUUGGGGAAGUUUGCAUUUUAUUAUUUCCCAUCAUUAUAUGCUUCGCUUCCCUCUGAGUUUUUCUGCUCUGAUAAUAUGUUAUGGAUGGUGAACUGCAUAUAUUGCUGUCACAUUGGUGGGAUAGUCUCUAGGUUGUCUAUUUGGGUAGUUAAUAUGCCUUUUAAAAAUUGAGUUUCACUGACUUCUGUCUUGAUCCAUCAAAACAUGUUUGCCUGUUGUAUAAGUGAUGUACCUCUGUGGCUCUUCACAUUGUUUUGUGUUGUGAUAGAAGAACAUGUGAUUUCAGAACUGAGGCUUUUAAAGUUUGCUGUCUUUAUUUAGUGUCGUCAGUGCAAUGGGCUCUAUACAGAGCGUAGAGGAGUUAGGAACACACACACACACCCUUUCCCAGUGAAUUAAAAGGAUAGGGCUCUCCUUCCUUGGAGGUUGGAUGGCCAUCUGUCAUGGAUGCUUUAGUUGAGAUUCCUGCAUUGCAAAGAGUCAGACUAGAUAAUCCUCAGGGUCCCUUGUAACUCUACAGUCCUAUAAUCCUAUGAAAAGGAGGCAUCGGGACCUGAGAAAGAAGUAGAAAGAGGGAACGAUUAAGUGGAAAGGAUUAGGAACAGGCAAAUUUAAACUAAGGAACAGCAAGAACUAGCGGAGGCGGAUCCAUUAGGGAAAAUGUGGUGCUGCCCCACCAACCUCAGAUUCCUCCAAGUCCACCUGCCUGCCUUCUUAUGCUCAGUUAUGCUCCUGGUGGGACGUGGGUGGCGCUGUGGUCUAAACCACAGAGCCUAGGGCUUGCCGAUCAGAAGGUCGGCAGUUUGAAUCCCCAUGAUGGGGUGAGCUCCCAUUGUUCGGUCCUUGCUCCUGCACACCUAGCAGUUCGAAAGAACGUCAAAGUGCAAGUAGAUAAAUAGGUACCGCUCCAGCGGGAAGGUAAACGGCGUUUCCAUGUGCUGCUCUGGUUCACAAGAAGCGGCUUAGUCAUGCUGGCCACAUGACCCGGAAGCUGUCUGCGGACAAACGUCGGCUUCCUCGGCCAGUAAAGCGAGAUGAGCGUCGCAACCCCAGAGUCGUCUGUGACUGGGCCUAACGGUCAGGGGUACCUUAAUAAUAAUAAUAAUAAUAAUAAUAAUAAUAAUAAUAAUAAUAAUAAUUUAUUAUUUAUGCCCCGCCCAUCUGGCUGGGUUUCCCCAGCCACUCUGGGCGGCUUCCAACAGAAAAAUAAAACACAGUAAUCUAUUAAACAUUAAAAGCCUCCCUGAACAGGGCUGCCUUCAGAUGUCUUCUAAAAAUCUGGUAGUUUUUUCCCUCUUUGACAUCUGUUGGGAGGGUGUUCCACAGGGCUGGCGCCACCACCGAGAAGGCCCUCUGCCUAGUUCCCUGCAACUUGGCUUCUCGCAACGAGG